AUGAAAGGUAUCUUAUUGGGACUGAUAUUUGGGAUCACCAUAGGGUGGAUAGUUGGGGCAGUGUUUGUAUUGUAUUCUGUGUUCUUCUGCAGUAAAAACCAGAUAGAGAAGAGAAAUUCUCCCAUAACUAGCCGUGGGGUUGAUUCCACCACGGCAUUUUCAGAUUCCAAUGUUGGUCAAGAAUCACCCAGAACGUCUGAAUGGAGUAGCCUGCCUCAGUGGUUGGAAGGGCUUAAAAGAAAGAAUGUGGUUUCAGCAUGUGGGAUACCAAAGUGUUCUUACAAGGAUAUACAAAAAGCAACUCGUGAUUUUACUACAAGCAUAGGGGAAGGAGCAUUUGGCCCUGUUUACAAGGCACAGAUGGCCACUGGUGAGACGGUUGCUGUUAAAGUUCUUGCCACAAAUUCUAGGCAAGGGAAGAAUGAUUUCCUGAGUGAGGUUUUGUUACUAGGAAGAUUACACCACAAAAACCUUGUAAACUUGGUGGGCUAUGGUGCAGAAAGAGGGCAGCAUAUGCUUCUUUAUGUUUACAUGAGCAAUGGCAGUCUUGCCUCACAUCUAUGCAGUGAGAAUCAGGAUCCAUUGAGCUGGGAUUCAAGGGUUCAAAUAGCACUAGAUGUAGCAAGGGGAUUGGAAUAUCUACAUUAUGGGGCAGUUCCUCCUGUUGUGCACCGUGACAUUAAAUCUUCUAACAUAUUGCUGGACAGGUCCAUGAGAGCCCGAGUUGCUGAUUUUGGGCUUUCAAGAGAGGAGAUGAUUAAACCUUGUUCAUCUAAUGUCAGAGGAACUUUGGGAUACCUUGAUCCUGAAUAUGUGUCAACAAGGACCUUUACUAAGAAAACUGAUGUCUAUAGUUUUGGAGUGCUGAUCUUUGAAAUAAUUUCAGGCAGGAAUCCCCAACAGGGUCUCAUGGAACAUGUGGAGCUAGCAGCAAUAGAUAUGGAGGGUGAAGGUGGGUGGGAAGAAAUUGUGGAUUCUCGCCUUGAUGGAAAGUUUGAUGCCCAAGAACUCGAUGGUAUGGCUGCUCUUGCUUUCAAAUGUGUCAAUCGUGUUUCCAAACUACGGCCUUCUAUGAGGGAUAUAGUUCAGGCAUUAUAUCAGAUUAUUAAGAUGAGACGUAGAAGGAAGCAUCACAAGCAAAUCUCAUCUGCCACAGCAGAUGAAGUUCACAUUGAAAUGGCCCAGCUAGGAACCCCAGAUCCUUCCAUUGUUGAACGUUGA